AUGAACAUACUCUCUGUUUUGAUAUUGAUUUUAUAAUACAAAGAGAUCUGCAGACGCUCUUCAUUGUCACAGAGUUGCAUUGACACAAGGGGUUUGUUCCUUAAGCGCAGUGUAAUCUUUCCUUUGUUUAAGGAAGUUUGUAAAUUCAGAAAACGCAUUUACCUGAGAUACAUAGGCCUACCUGCUAUGAUUAUGUAAUGAUGUUGUUCAGCCGAGCCGUGCAAAUGUACCUAUGAAAUUGACAUGGAUCCUCAGCGCAAAAGCCCUGAGCAUACUGGAACAGAGCACAAAUUUGACAUUAAGAUUGAACGUCCCCCCUCAAAGCCUGAUGUCUGGGAGGAGCUGCUGUCCAUUUUAGAGAAGAUUUUGGACUUUUGCGUCUGUUGCAUCACCUGUGGCUGCUACAAGAGAGAAAGAAAUGGCAUCGUUACGGAUGAAUAUGGAAUGAUUCUUCUAGAUAAUGAGAAACAGGCAGUCCAGAAUCUACUGCAGUAUUUGGAAAAAGAUGAGAAGGCAGAGCCGGUGUUGUCAAGUGAGCACAUUCGCGCCCUUAGCAUCCUGACUUACUCGGACAAUGCUGAGCUUCAGAGAUCCGCUGCACUAUGCAUGCUGGAGAUUAGUGAACGAUGGAGGACAGACCUGACAGUGGCAUUAGGGAGACCCCUGGUGGAGCUGCUCCGAUCCGACGACACACAGGUCCAGAAAGCCGCCACACUGGCCACCAGUAACUUCUGUCUAUCAGGGGGAGAAAAUAAUAAAGAAAUUUUGAUGAGGCUUGGAGUAGUGGACCCACUGGUAGAUCUUUUGAACUCUAAAAAUGUAGAAGUCCAGUGUAAUACAUGUGGCUGUAUCACCGCAUUGGCUACCACAGAUGCCAAUAAACAUUCCAUUGUAUCUUGUAAUGCUGUCAAGCCAUUGUUAAGACUGAUGCGGUCGAUGGAUCUCCGUGUCAAAAGAAACGCUACAGGGGCCAUUCUGAAUCUAACCCAUAUACAAUCCAACAGGAAUGAGCUAGUGAACCAGGGAGCCAUUCCUAUCCUGGUGGAGCUGAUUCACAUGUCUGACUAUGACAUACAGUACUACAGUGCGGCCGCACUCAGCAACCUGGCUGUCAACCCCAAACACCGCGCCAUGAUGAUAGCGGUGGGACACUCGGAUGUGGUCCGGCAACUAGUAAAACUCCUGUCAUCAAAGAAAGACAGGGUGAAGUGUCAGGCAUGUUUUGCAUUGAGAAAUCUAGCAUCAGAUGAUGAGAACCAGUUACUGGCUGUAGAGACUGGUGCUCUGCCCCCAUUACAUCACAUCUUGACUUCCUGUCGCUCAGAGACCCUAGCAGCUGCUGCAGCCUGUCUCAGGAACCUGUCCAUUCAUAAAUUGAACGAGGCUCCCUUUAUACACGAGAACCUGGUACCAGAUCUGUGUCAUGUUGUUUGUGAUAGCUCCAACCCCGAGGCCCAAAAACACAUCGCAGGAACCCUACGCAACCUUGCCGUCAGUCAGUAUGUACGAACCUUGAUUGAGAAUGACUGUGUGGAGGCCUUGACCUUUGUCCUGUUGGAUCUGGAGUCUAGAAUCCCUGUCCUCUCAGAGGUCACAGCAGCCCUAGCUGUCAUGGCUGACGAAGAUGAUGUGAAGUACAAGUUGCUACACCUACAAGGUGGGAAGGCAUUCAGUAAGCUGGUGACCCUGGCCUCACUGUCUAGUCACAGAGAGAUACAGUACAACAGUGCAGGCACCCUCGGGCAGCUGGCCCUAGUCAGUUUACCUGAAGAUCUGAAAGAAGCUAAUAAGAAGGGCAUUGUUCUUUACAUCGAUAAAUUCCUGAAAUCACCAGAUCCAAGUUUUGUUCAUGUAGCCUUGUGGACUCUUAAUAUGCUACUGAAAGAUAUAUUUUUCCUAAGGGCUUUCACUGAUCACAGCAUUGAGUCUGUUAUUGAGCAGGUCCAGACCACUCAUCAACUGACCAAGAUCCAGGAACUGUCCACCAGUGUCAUUGAUAAACUCCAUGGAGUCAUGGCCUCCUCCUCGUCCAGUGAGGACUAACUUUACCCUAACAUUGGAUUCAUGAUCUCUUCUUCCAGUGAGGACUAAUUUUACCCUGACCUUGAAUUAUCCGACAUUAAGAGGAGACCAAUACAGUUUCAUCAUUUUGACUAUGGUGUUUAUGAAUUGUUUUUUUUUAAUCAUGGAUUUUUUUUUUUAAAUCGGUUUACACUGAUCAGGAAAUAGUCAACCGAUUUUGUAUCUCAUCAAUUAUUUGUUUUAUUUAUUGAUUCGUAUUGUAUAAAGUUUAAUGUAAAGAUUGAAGAAAUCCAUCCAGAUCACUUACAGAGAUUACUGUUUUUCACUGCUAAAAUGCCAAAUGUGUCUGUCAAAGCUGGUAAGAAUCUUUUAAACAAAAUCUUCAUUGUCUUUAAUAAUAAUAUUGUGAAUUCAUAUUUAUUUUUAAGACGAAUUUUAUGUAAAAUGAUCUAUUUGAAAAACCAAUCAGGUGAGUGUUGGGGCAAACUUUUUUAGUACUGGUAUACAACUGUAUGUUGUAAAUGCAUUUAAAAUGACAUUGUAUUGUAUUUAUUUAUUUAAUUGUACACUUGUAGUAGAACACUGUAUGUGUAUUAUUUUGAUAUUGUUUAUAUUGAAGUACAAUUGUACUAAUACUUGUACAUGGUGUUAUAUGUGGGUAUGGUGUAAGUUAGGAGCUAAAUAUUCCUGGUCCGGUUAUAAAACUACUAAAGGAAUGGUACAUAAUGGUACAGUACUGAAGCUCAUACUUGCCAGUAUUUCUCUAAACAAAUACGAUAUUAGUUCCCAUACUCAAAAGUCAUUACUCUUUAUUGCUGUGGAACACUGUCAAAAGAGCUUUCAAAUUAAAUUGUAAAAUAUUUACAGGUAAAUUACAAAGAAUGCUGUGAGAAAGAUGAUGGGUACAUUGACAAAGGGAAAUAACUUAAAGAAUAUGAAAGUCAUCAAUAACCAAGUACACAAAUGUGAUAAUAUUGCAUUUGUUACAAUUAUGGUAGGAAGUGUGAAGGGAAGUACAUGUAGGUGUCUGGGUAUAGACAAAGAAAAUAACAAAACCUGCAGUCUACAUUGUGGUCCAUUUUUAAAAACAAAGAUCAUACUGUAAACUCAAUCACAUUUAUACCCUGCAUAGAACUCUUAGAAAUAAUGUGAUCAGAUAUGUUUGGUAGGAAGUUGUUUUGCAGAUUUUACAUGUACUUUUUAGAGACACUGUGUGAUGGUGCUUGCAGUUUUAGGAUUCUGGAGGGCAUUUCAGUUUUGUAGCGUAUUUGUUUUACAAACCAGCUACAAUGUACCUGUCUUUGUUGAGCAGGGACGUGUAUUGUUUUUAUGUUGGCACUCCACAUUGUUAUUAAUGUUUAAUGUUGUUCAUGUACAUCCUUUUAUUUAAUUUUCUUUUAAAUCGAUGGUUUUUUAUUAUGAAUAAAUGAACAUCAUACAUGAU